UUUGGAUGCGAAGACUGCAAGCGUGCAUUCACCCGCCGCCAUGAUCUCGAGCGACACAAGAGGGUUCACACUGGUGUCCAGCCCUAUGAAUGCCCACACUGUCUUCGUAAAUUCUCCAGAACCGAUGCUCGUCAGAGACACUGGAAAUUGGAAAAGGAGUGUGCCGAGAGUGUAAAGGUUAACUCAUUGCUUGCCAACAGAUACAGAAAGAUUCUCAAGUAA